AUGAGCAAAAAUUAAACACAUUGCAUAUAACAAUAUAUGAUAAACAAAUUAUUUACACCAACAACAGAUAAAAACAAAAAGGAUAAAAUACAGAAGUCCUGGCCGUGCCUGAGUGUUAGCCGGGCGGGUUCUUCUGCUACAAGCAGCCGGAGUGUGUGAGAAUAGAAAUGGCAGCGAUUCGUAAAAAACUUGUAAUUGUGGGAGAUGGUGCAUGUGGCAAGACUUGCCUUCUAAUAGUGUUCAGCAAAGACCAGUUCCCAGAGGUGUAUGUACCAACAGUGUUCGAGAACUAUGUUGCAGACAUUGAGGUUGAUGGGAAACAGGUGGAGCUGGCACUUUGGGAUACAGCUGGACAAGAAGAUUAUGACAGACUGAGACCUUUGUCCUAUCCAGACACAGAUGUUAUAUUAAUGUGUUUUUCUAUUGAUAGCCCUGACAGUUUAGAAAAUAUUCCAGAGAAAUGGACUCCAGAAGUUAAACAUUUCUGCCCCAAUGUACCAAUUAUCUUGGUUGGGAAUAAGAAGGAUCUGCGUAAUGAUGAGCACACUCGCAGAGAGCUCACCAAAAUGAAACAGGAGCCAGUAAAGCCAGAAGAAGGCAGGGACAUGGCCAAUCGAAUUUCUGCCUAUGGUUACAUGGAAUGCUCUGCCAAGACAAAAGAUGGUGUCCGAGAGGUGUUUGAGAUGGCCACACGGGCAGCUUUGCAAGCCAGACGUGGCAAAAAGAAAACCACGUGCCUUCUCAUAUAACAAACCUGCUGUAAUACACACAACAUACACCACGUCCCCACACUCCUGCGGGAGGCGGGAUGGAGGGGCCAAUGUGCAGCGAGGGAGAUCCCUGUGGCAUCCAUGAAGUCACUGAAAAAUCCUUGACAUGAUUAUUAAUCUUUAGCGUGUUCUUACUGGCCUUCUAUAUAAUUUUUUUUUUUGUCUACUGAAUUGAAAUUUUAUAAAAAAAAGUUCUCUUGCUACCAGUAUUUAAGUAAACAUUUUUGUGUUUGCGGUUUUUUUUUUUGUUUUUUUGUUUAUAAUAUAUAAAGGAUAUAUAUAACUAUAUUCUGUAACUUCACCGAUAGUCGCAGAUGUGUACGUUCACCAGACUAACUCUGACAUUCCACGAUAUGUGCCAUCUCCGCCAGGCAAACCCUGAUUUAUUUUUUAUUUUUAUUUAUUUUUUUUUUUUUUUCUUAUCUCUAAAACCCUAGACUUGAUUAACAAAAUAAUUUGUAGAUUUAGCAUAUCUUAUGUAGUAGACCAUUGCUCAGUAAAAUCAAACUUUAGGUUGAUCUCUUCUAUUGACGGGGGCAGUUGUAAGUUUUGUAGUAGUGGCUGUUGUCACGUGAGGUAUUUUUAAGUAUAUGAAAGUGGUUUGCUUUUUUGCAGGAAUAUCGUAAAUAACAUUCCUGUAAAAUCAGUACUCUGCUAUACUCUUGCGGCCCCCCAAUAGAAGUCUUCCUUUAAAUUUUGCAGCCUGUUUUACAUAGUCUUUCAACCACAUGUUCUACACAUUGUCUAAUUGUUGUGCGUGCUUGGAGCAAGAGCUUCUAACUUUGGUAUUGGACAGUGCAUCGAUACAAAAGAUGUGCUAAAAAGUUGUGAACCAAAUUGCUGCAAUGUUUUUAUUGACCUGUAUGCUGCCAGACAUACACCCCAAACAAUAGUCAAUUUGCUGGGAUUGUGCUAUAUAUCUUUUUUUUUUUUUUUUUAUUUUUCUCCCAUUAAUUUCUUUUUUGCAAAUGCAUUUUUAACAUGUGAGAUGUAUUGAAGACCAGAUGCCACAUUUCCCUCCCACGUCUAAAUGUGGGAUGCCAUGACAGCUAUUUUGGUAGCAAUUUCUGUAGAUACACAAUAUUGAGGGAAUACUGUAAUUUGGUUGCAGUUGAUCUGCUACAUAUACUGUGUUUAGUCAUUACAGCUGAAGGUUCCUUUGGAGAGUUUUAGACUGGUUUGUGUGUUUUUGCAAGGUUCUUGGUCUUGGACUGAUGUAUGCAGAUGUUUCCUGGUGGCAGAUAUCAGACCAUUUUGUCAUUGCUGCAGAAGACACUAGGUUAACUAGGUUUGACCUGAAUACAUUUUUGUGUGGAAAAGAAAUGUCUAGCAGUACUAGAUCAUAUAAAAGCAUCCAUAAUACAGCCUUUUGUUUAGCACCAAAAUUUUUGCUGGUGCUGAAACUGAUAAAUAUCACCUCAAUUACAAGCUAUUCUAAAGUAAAUGCAUUGGUUCCUUGUAGAUUUGAAACGAGGUCAGUGUGAAGUAAACUCUCGUGCUGUGUUGCAGUUUUUUUGAGCUUAACGAGCUUAAUAAGAAUCACUUCAAAGACCUUGUAAAUGCCUUCAGACAUUUCUCUGAGGAUCCAUUUGUAUUGUAUCUGCCUUGGCUUUCUGCAGAAUUGUUGGGUUCAGUAUAUCUACUCUUGGUGUUCUAAAAUCUAAGUGUUAAUCAGAAGGUUUACUAUAAUAUACUGAUCCAAAAUUUUGUGGUGGGAAGGGGGUCACUAACUUUGGAAUUGUCAAUGUCUGAUUAUAACUGUUUUCUCUUUUCUACCAAUAAAAAAAAUGAAUAAAAAAAAAAUAA